AAGACGAAGAGGCAGAAGAAGAAGAAGCCAACAUGGAGGAUAUCCUGGCCGUGGAAAAGAACCCGGACGACGUACCGGCAAUGCUCAGCUCCAGACCUCAGACAGGUCUGUCCUUCCUGGCCCCGGAACCAGAGGACCUGGAGGACCUUUACAGCAGAUACAAGAAGCUGCAGCAGGAGCUGGAAUUCCUGGAGGUGCAGGAGGAGUACAUCAAAGAUGAACAAAAGAACCUGAAGAAGGAGUUCCUCCAUGCCCAGGAGGAGGUGAAGAGGAUACAAAGCAUCCCACUGGUCAUUGGCCAGUUCCUAGAGGCUGUGGACCAGAACACAGCCAUUGUUGGAUCCACCACAGGCUCCAACUACUAUGUGCGCAUCUUGAGCACCAUCGACAGAGAGCUGCUGAAGCCCAACGCCUCAGUGGCUCUACACAAGCACAGCAAUGCCCUGGUGGACGUGCUCCCCCCAGAGGCUGACAGCAGCAUCAUGAUGCUGACAUCAGACCAAAAGCCAGAUGUGAUGUAUGCUGACAUUGGAGGGAUGGAUAUCCAGAAGCAGGAAGUUAGAGAGGCAGUGGAGCUGCCCCUCACACACUUUGAGCUCUAUAAACAGAUUGGCAUUGACCCACCCAGAGGUGUCCUUAUGUAUGGACCACCAGGCUGUGGCAAGACCAUGUUGGCCAAGGCUGUGGCGCACCAUACUACAGCGGCAUUUAUCCGUGUGGUCGGCUCAGAGUUUGUUCAGAAGUACCUGGGAGAAGGACCUCGCAUGGUGCGUGACGUUUUCAGGCUGGCAAAGGAGAAUGCCCCAGCUAUCAUCUUCAUCGAUGAGAUUGAUGCCAUUGCCACGAAACGUUUUGAUGCACAGACUGGAGCUGACAGAGAGGUACAGAGAAUCCUGCUGGAGCUACUCAAUCAAAUGGACGGCUUUGACCAGAACGUCAAUGUCAAGGUAAUCAUGGCCACCAACAGAGCAGAUACGCUGGAUCCAGCCCUGCUGCGUCCCGGUCGUCUGGACAGAAAGAUCGAGUUCCCCCUGCCCGACCGUAGGCAGAAACGCCUCAUCUUCUCCACCAUCACCAGUAAGAUGAAUCUGUCUGAAGAGGUUGACCUCGAGGAUUAUGUGGCCCGACCAGACAAGAUCUCGGGGGCUGACAUUAACUCCAUCUGCCAGGAGGCUGGCAUGUUGGCGGUUCGUGAGAACAGGUACAUUGUCCUGGCUAAAGACUUCGAGAAAGCUUACAAGACCGUUAUCAAGAAGGAUGAGCAGGAGCACGAAUUCUACAAGUAGAAGUGUACAGCCCCCCUCCGCCUCAACUCUCCUUGAGGAAGCAGUGUUUUCAGACACCGGUUUUGGUUUCUGUUUGUGUCUGUUUACUCUACGUCUUUUUGUGGAUUCUCAGACCCUGACUAUCAUUGACUUUGGGACUCAUUUUGCUCCUGCUACGUCACAAGGCUUGAUGGCAUCUCAGGGCCCGUGAUUCCAGACCGUACAAAAACACACACACACACACACACUAAGGCGGGAUUCCGUGUUUAGUUUUGUUUUUUUACAGAUGCUCUGAAGCUGAAUAAGUCCAUUUGACUUGACUAGAGCUCAAAUAACAGCGCAGAGUUUGUAUGUACUCGAUUGAAUAAACAUUACCCAUAAAACACC